AUGCUGAAACAAUGUCUCUUGCUGCUGCUGGCCAGUACCCUGAACCUUCACAAAACGGCUGCAGACAACUGUCCUUGCGGCUAUAUCCUCAACUCCACCCAGUGGGGUGGCAGCACAAUCUUCACAAACAAGAUCCUCACAGACUUUACGAAUCCGAAGCCCUCUCUCACAUGGUCUGAUGACCCAGACUUCGACUGGCAAGCCCAAGCCUACAACGUCUCCGCCUCUUCCGCACGGGGGCCAUACGGCAAACUAGCACAAACAGACAAUGUCUUACUCUCUGGCUCAGCUGGCUUGGAUCUAUAUGUUCGAAGCCAGACUGUGGACGGCAUGGUCCCUACGGCAGAAGUAGUCACCUCACGAACCGACAUCCUCCACGGCAGCUUCAGAAUCGGCAUGCAAACACCCGCUACAAACGGCACAUGUGCCGCUUUCUUUUUCUACCACGACGACAGCCAAGAAAUCGAUAUAGAGAUCCUCUCGGCCCAACAAUACAGUCCUACAAAUCCGGGAAAGCAUCCGGUGAACUUGGUUUUGCAGUCCCCUGCCAGCGUCUCCGCAGGUUACAACGCAGCAGACACGCCGGACUUUACGCGGUGUAACCUUACCUUUGACCCUACAGCCGCGGUACACGAAUAUCAGUUCGACUGGCUCGGAGACAGGAUUGAUAUGUUCGCUGACGGGCACUGGCUCAAUUCUUUCUACGAUAAUCUUCCUUCUCAGGCUGGAGCUAUUCACAUGAUUCACUGGUCGAAUGGGGAUCCGGGGUGGAGUGCUGGACCGCCUAUUACGGAUGCAGUGAUGAGGGUGACGUACGCUGAGCUGUUCUUUAACACUAGUCAGAAUACGUUGCCGACUUGGUGUGAGGCGAAGAAUUUCUGUCCGAUCCCUGCACUGCCUGGACCGCCUGAUACGGCUGCUGGUGGGGUUGGCGGAGCGGCAGCACCCACGGCGAAGUCAGAGAGUGGACGUGCUGUUGGAGAUAGCCAUGGGCUGGAGUAUUGGGUUGUUGGAUGGUGCAUUACGAUUGUGAUGAGUAGGUUAUGA